AUGGCGUCACCUGUGGAGGAGCUGAUCCCUGCCAUGCUGGCCUACCAGCCAAUGCAGCGCCUGCCUGAAAACUGGGUGGAGACCUAUUUGCAUGCAGCGCAUGCAGUCAUUGAGAAGCACAAUCUCUGCGACGCCAGAACGCUGGCCGAAUUAAGGUGCGAGAUUCGGUCCUUCUUCAAGUCUUGCGCGAAGUGGGCUGACGCACUCUCACACUGUCUGGGGGGCUCAGGCAACGUGAAGCAGCUGGUCAACGCCGACCUUACCCCAACCCGGAUUCUGCAGGCUUUGAAAGAGAGGCGCCCCGUCAUUGUCCAGGUGCAGCAGAAUGCCGGUACGGACCACUGGUUCAUGUUGCAGCCGCACGAGGAUGGGCAAGUGUACCUUGUGGAUGCCUGGCAGGGGAGGCAUCCGCUCCGGAACUCUUCGGCUCACCGCGCUGAGCAGAUCAAGAUCUUGCUCGAAGACCUCCUUGGGAGUGACUCCAGUCGCCGCAACCUUGCGGCUAACUCCUUGUUCGGCCAAGAUCAUGGAUUCGAGGUCCGUGCCCGAGGCAUCCGCGCGAAGUGCGGCUACUACGGCCAACAGGGCAAGGGACUUCAGGUAAACCCGCGUUCGCAACGUGCCGCAUCCCUGGAUGCAUACAUGAUCCCAACUGUCAAUGGGGAGCAGAUGGAGAUGCGCUUGGGCAGGGCCUUCAGCAUGGACGAUGCCCUUCCCCAUGGCGCGGGGCCCUUCACGAAACGGCCGUCUGCCGCUCACGAGAUCAGGGUUGGUGCUGCGUUCGGUGCUGCAUUCGGCUUUGUUUGUUCACUGGGCUUUGUGCUAGCCAGGCCUGAAGGACGCACAGCUGCGCAGAAGGCUGAGGACAUUCUGGUGCCCACAGCCCUUUGUGCAGUGGAGGGCGCCUCCGGCGUCGCGGUGAUGAGGGCGCUUGCGAGCCAAGGUGCUCUUGCAAGGGCGGCGGGUGGCGGUGGAGUCGCGGUGGUAGGCGCAGGUUUGUUCAUCACCUGGGAUGCCAUCAAGCUGGCCCGUGGCCGCUGCACCGUAGUAGAGCUGCGCAAGAAUGCGGCUGGCAGCUUGGCGGGCGGAGCUGGAGGCCUUGGGGGUGCCGCCGCAGGCGCGGCUGUCGGGUCCUUGGUGGGCCCUGUCGGGACUGUCAUCGGCGGCUUGGUUGGGGGCAUCGCAGGUGGCCUUUCUGCAGCGAUUGGUGGCCAGAAGCUGGAUGAGGCCAUUUGGGAUGCCGAGGAGGACACCAAGGAGGUUGCCUUCGAGUUCCUCCAUUAUCCUUACACCCGGUGGAAGGUGCCCAAACCGGUGAGGCCGAAGGAGCUACAGGCACGCUAUGAGAAGCGGUUGGGGGAGAACCCUUACAAUGAGGAGUGGAUAAGCCGCUGCAACUACAACCUCAAGGUGGCUUUGGCUGUCUUGUGGCCCGACACCCAAAAGCUCGAAGAGAUGGUGCAGGAGGAGUACGGAAAGGUUUGA